AUGGCAACGACAAGAAAAGAUCUUUACGUCGGUACCGACAAACACAAAUGGUGGAAGGAAGCUGUUGUUUAUCAAGUUUACCCAGCUUCGUUCCUGGACACAAAUGGUGAUGGCUGGGGAGAUGUUCCCGGCAUCACUUCGAAGCUAGACUACCUCAAAGACCUCGGAGUGGACGUUGUCUGGGUCAGCCCAAUCUACAAAUCUCCCCAAGCAGACAUGGGAUACGACAUUGCCGACUACGAAGACAUUGAUCCAUCCUACGGCACUCUCGCCGAUGUCGACAACUUAAUCGCCGAGCUCAAAAAGCGCGACAUGAAGCUCGUCAUGGACCUAGUCGUAAACCACACCUCCGAAGAGCACGCCUGGUUCCUCGACUCCCGCUCCUCGAAAACCUCCUCAAAGCGCGACUGGUACAUAUGGAAGCCUGCAAAGUACGAUGCUGAUGGAAAUCGCCAACCCCCAAACAAUUGGGCGCAGAUUCUUGGUGAAGCGAACUCCGCCUGGACAUGGGACGAGAAAACCCAAGAAUACUACCUCUCCCUCUUCACCCCCGAGCAACCUGACUUGAAUUGGGAAAACCCCGCCGUCCGCGCUGCCGUCCACGACGUCCUGCGCUUCUGGCUCGACCGCGGCUGCUCGGGCUUCCGCAUGGACGUGAUCAACCUGAUUUCUAAAGUGCAGUCCUUCUCCGACGCCGCUGUAUCCGUGCCCACCAACAAAUACCAGCCGGGCGACAAAUUCUACGCCAACGGCCCGCGGCUGCACGAAUACCUCCAGGAAAUUAACCGCAAGGUGUUGUCCAAGUAUGACACACUAACGGUCGGCGAAAUGCCCUUCGUCCGCGACGAAGACGAAAUCAUCCGCGUCGUGGGCGCGGACCGCGAGGAGCUUAACAUGAUAUUUAGCUUCGAUCUUGUGGAUAUUGAUAACGUGCCCGGCGAUUUCAAGUACACGCUACACCCCUGGGAUGCUCGUGACCUCAAGCGUAUCGUCAAUAGGCUGCAGCGCCUGAUGCUCGAGCGCGAUGGCUGGAACACGCUAUUCGUCGAGAAUCACGAUCAGCCACGCAGCGUGUCGCGAUACACAGAUGAUAGCGACCAGUGGCGCUCGUACGGCGCGAAGCUACUCGCGCUGAUGCAGUCAACCCUCGCAGGCACGCUGUACGUCUACCAAGGCGAGGAAAUCGGCAUGCGCAACGUCCCCACCGACUGGCCCGAGGAAGAAUACAAAGAUAUUGAGAGUAUCAAUUUCUUCAAGAAGUGCGUAUAUCACCCCCACCCCCCUUUCCCCCUCACUUCCCACUAA